CUCCGCCGCGCCCCGUCCGCCGUUGCUAAGGCGGGCAGAGAGCGGGCGGCCCUUAGCAACGGGCCUUUCCUCCGCGCCUCGAGUGUCGCUGCGAUGGCGGCCUCCUCUCCCUCGCCCUCUCCCUUUCCUCCCAACCCAACCGUCUUCCUCCUGAUGGUCAACGGGCAGAUCGAGAGCGCGCAGUUCCCGGAGUUUGACGACCUAUAUUGCAAAUACGGCUUCGUGUAUGGUUAUGACUGGGCCCCCACCUCGGGCUUGGAAGAAGGGAUCUCACAGAUCACAUCUAAGAGCAGAGAUGCUCGGCAAGACCUGGUGUGGAAUUUCCCCAUUGACAUCACUUUCAAAAGCACCAGCCCUUUUGGCUGGCCACAGAUUGUCAUAAGCGUGUAUGGCCCUGACAUUUUUGGGAACGAUGUGGUGCGAGGAUAUGGAGCCGUUCAUGUUCCUUUUACACCAGGGAGGCACAAAAGGACCAUCCCCAUGUUUGUUCCAGAAUCUACAUCCAAGCUGCAGAAGUUUACAAGCUGGCUCACAGGGAGGCGCCCAGAAUUCGUAGACCCCAAAGUGGUUGCACGAGGAGAAGGCCGUGAAGUGACGAGGGUCCGCUCGCAAGGCUUUGUCACCCUCUCCUUCAACGUGGUGACCAAAGACAUGAAGAAGCUCGGCUACGACGUGAGUCCCGGGAACACCUCUAACCCGUCGCUAACAUCAGUGACCGAGGGGGUUCACAAAUAUUGAGCCCGCGGCUGAACUCUCAUCGAGGCGUCCUGCGAGGUCUCAGAACAGAGGGGGUGCUCUGAGCGCUCCCUGCCUUAUAAUGGAAACUGUACCGCUCUGGCUAGGGUCCAUCCACUGAGCUGAGUGGCCACCACACCAGUAUGCACUAAGGAUCGCUAAGGCAGGGCACUCCUUCCAGAACGGCAGGUCAGCGGUUCAAGUUCAGCCCUUGCCCAGUCCAGAACGUUGCUGCUGUUGAAAAGCGAAAGCUUCAAUCAGCAUUUCCCAGCCUGAUAACUGGUGCUCUACGAACCUCUUCUGAGUGAUCCAGGCUACACUGGAGGCUCAGGUGCUGUUUAAAUGUAAACUCUCGUUUGCUGUGUUGUACAGUUUUCCAAAUGAAAUAUUUUACCCUGUA